UAUUGCCUGUCUCGUUUCUCUCGCGAUAAGAUCCUUACCUUUAACAGCUGCGCAGGAGAAAACAGUUUGUUGGUUUUGACUAACCACUUUACCUAAGAGACAUGAGUGUAAAACUCACACAGGGCGCAAUUCGCGCCCUGCUCACCGGCUCGGAGUUGAAAGAUCCCGUGCUGCAGAUGCUGAAGAUUUGUAAGGUCGCUGCAGGUUCCAGGUUCAGGCUCAUGAUGAGCGAUGGUCAGCACUCAUUGUCUACAUUCCUGCUGGCCACACAGUUACACGAUCUGCUAGAAGAGAACCUCCUGGUUCCCAACUGCGUGUGUAAGUUGAAGAAGUUCGUCACCAGCACAUUGGCAGAUGGCAGGACUGUGGUGACUGUGAUGGACAUGGAGAUAUUGCAGUCGGCCGAGGAAACUGGAGGCACGAUUGGGAAUCCGGCUCCAUAUAAUAGAGAGGGUAAGACGUCCUCACCACAGAGCUCACCCUCAAGUACCUCUGUUCCAGCAUCCCCUCCAUCUGCUUCAGUACCUGGACCCUCCUAUAAGAACAACAGCACAGCCCUUUUUACUCCCAGAGGACGUGGAAGAGGUUUUGUGGGAAAGUCGCCCAUGAAGGUGUCGCCGUCGCCGUCGCCCAUGAAGGUGUCGCCGUCGCCGUCGCCCAUGAAGGUGUCGCCCAUGAAGGCGUCGCCCAUGAAGGCGUCGCCCAUGAAGUUUUCACCCAUGAAGGCUACCAGCACUUCUCCAGGUCCUUCAUUAAAAGUGAUUCCUAUUGCCCACCUCAACCCCUACCAAAGCAAGUGGACUGUCAGAGCCCGAGUCACCAACAAGUCCGCUAUCCGCACCUGGAGUAACUCUAGAGGAGAGGGCAGGCUCUUCUCCUUUGAGAUAGUGGAUGAGAGUGGAGAAAUCAAGAUCACAGCCUUCAACAACGAAGUGGACAAGUUUUUCUCUCUAGUGGAGCAAGGCAAGGUGUACUACAUCUCCAAAGCUACACUGAAGGUGGCCAACAAACAGUACACCACACUGAAGAAUGACUACGAGAUGACCCUCCACGCUCAUUCAUCCGUUGUGCUAUGUGAUGACAGUGUGGGCAUCCCCUCAGUGCACUGUGACUUUGUGCCCAUCGCAGAGCUGGAGAACAGAGACAAGGAUGCCAUCAUUGAUGUGAUUGGAGUGUGUAAGAGUACGGAGGAUGUAUCCCGUAUCACCACUAAGACGAGCAGAGAAGUCUCCAAGAGAGCCCUCAACCUAAUAGACACAACUGGCAAAAUGGUGACAGUCACGUUGUGGGGAGAGGAGGCGGAGAAGUUUGACGGCUCUAGGCAGCCUGUGGUCGCCAUAAAAGGGGCUCGCUUGUCUGAUUUCGGGGGCAGAUCUCUCUCUGCUUUGUUCAGUUCAACAGUCAUGGUCAACCCAGACAUACCGGAGGCCUUUAGACUAAGGGGCUGGUAUGACCGGGAAGGCUGUGCGCUCAACAGCCAAUCCCUGACAGAGAUGAGGUCAGUGGGAAGCAGAUCAAAGAUGGACUGGAAAACACUCAGUGACGUUAAGAACGAACAAAUGGGACACGGAGAGAAGGCGGACUAUUUCAGCUGUGUGGCAACAGUGUUGUACACUCGUAAGGAGAAUUGUCUGUACCAGGCCUGUCCAUCUGCAGACUGCAACAAGAAGGUCAUAGACCAACAGAACGGACUGUACCGCUGCGAAAAGUGUAACAGAGAGUUCCCAAACUUCAAAUACAGAUUCCUACUUUCUGCUAACUUAGCAGACUUCGGGGAUAACCAGUGGGUGACAUGCUUCCAGGAGACAGCUGAGGUCCUGUUAGGUCACAGUGCAGAAACACUGGGACAGCUCAGAGACACAGAUGAGGCUGCAUUUGAUGAAGUCUUUCAGAAAGCCAACUUCACAACUCACAUCUUUAAAAACAGAGUCAAGCUGGAAACGUACAACGAUGAGAGUCGGGUGAAGGUAACUGUAAUGGAUGUCCAACCAGUGGACCACAGGGAAUACAGCAGGAGACUCCUCAGUAACAUCCGCAAAUUGGCCAGCUGAACUUGGUCCCAGUCAUCCAAAUGGCUGCCUGGUGAUUAAACUUUUUCCACCAGCGAGAUAACAGCAUAUCUGACUGAGGCAGCAGAGGGGCGGCCAGUGAUUCAUCUGAAUAAAUGGCAGCCAAACAAAAGGCUGAUAUUUAGUUGUUCACUUCCUUUAGCAGGUCAAUUAUGACACACAUGGAAAUGUGAUGGAAAUGACUUUUACCAUUUUAAUUUAAUGUCAUUUUAACAAAGCAGUUUGAGUGUUUGAUUAUAUAUAAUUGUGUUUUAGACCUGCUUACAUUUUGUAAUGCAUGUCAUAUAUCAUAAACACAGUGAGAUCAGUGUUUCCCCUUUUUUAAACAAAUGAUUCAUGUCUUUGGUUUCAAAUUUGUGUUGGUAAUAAAAUAAGUGUUAGUUGAUAAUAAUACACAAUAAAAUAAUACACACGUUGGCAUUUGUUUUAAGUGUACUCAGUGCCUACUGCUUGUUAAAAUUAUUAUUUGAGUUAAAAAUAUUGAAGUGUUUGGUUUGCUGGGCUUCCAAAAAAUGUCACAAGAAAAGAGUGAUUAAAAGGAUGAUUGGUAACAACAAA